AUGUCUAUUUUCCUUUUUCUUGCCCUAAUUCAGCAGAAAGAAAGCCACGCCCGACAACAGCAGCAGAAGCAUCCCAACAAUCUUUUACCCAAGGAACUCCUCUACGCAUCAACAAAGAUGAGGACAGAAACCAUGAAAAUGAAAAAAAAGGACAGAUUUCAGAAGCAGCGAGAGUAUGGAAAACCAGUUCAGAAUAUGAAAAACCAAACCAUUCUCGAAUCAGUGAACACCAAUCUCGAAUCCAUUUCAAAACCCUCAAUCCAUUUCAAAAAAUACACUUUCAACCAAGUGGAGAAUAUGGAAAACAGACCAAGCUCGAAUCAUGAAAGGGAAAAUCGAGAUUACCUGGAAGCCUUGAGGACGGAGAAGACGAUGUUCGCACCUCGCAAUGUCUCUGUAAAAUCCCCUUUGGAGUAUCUUGGAGCACAUGAGCAAUGGAGCUUAUGGAGCACCGCUUGCCUCAAGGAUUGCUCUCUUGCUCCUACUGCUAACUUCUUCCUCAAAGACAAAAUGAGUGCUCGUUUUUCUCGGACAAUCUAUGUUGGGAACCUUCCAGCUGAUAUUAAAAAGCAUGAGAUUGAAGAUUUAUUUUACAAGUAUGGCCGUAUUAUGGAUAUUGAAUUGAAGGUUCCUCCUCGCCCACCCUGCUAUUGUUUUGUGGAGUUCGAAAGUCCACGGGAUGCAGACGAUGCCAUCAUAGGUAGAGAUGGCCAUAACUUCGAUGGUUGCAGAUUGAGGGUUGAACUUGCACAUGGUGGCAGGGGUCCAUCUUCGUCCAGUGAUCGUCGUAGUGGCUAUGGAAGUGGCAGUGGCAGUGGCAGUGGUGGUGGUGGCCGAUAUGGUGCUUCCCGUCAUUCUGAAUAUCGAGUUAUUGUUCGUGGACUUCCGUCCUCUGCUUCUUGGCAGGACCUGAAGGAUCAUAUGCGAAAAGCUGGGGAUGUCUGCUUUGCUGAAGUUUCACGUGACAGUGAAGGAACCUAUGGCCUUGUCGAUUAUACCAAUUAUGAGGACAUGAAAUAUGCUAUCCGUAAGCUUGAUGAUAGCGAGUUCAGAAAUCCUUGGACCAGAACUUAUAUCCGGGUAAAGGAAUUCAAGGGCACUCCAUCGAGAAGCCGAAGUAGGAGUCUCAGUAGAAGCAGAAGUCCCAGAAGGAGAAGGUCCCUAGAGCGGUCUGUUUCGAGGUCACCAUCUGCAUCUCCUGUUAAGGCAUCCAGGUCAAGGUCUAGGUCAAGGUCAAAGUCAAAAUCAAAGUCUGCAUCUCCUCGUGAGGCAAGGUCCGUAAGCCCAUGAACUGAGUCUGCAGAUAUGAAGCUUUUGCGAUGCAAUGAGUACCUUGGCUGUAUGUUCUGAUGCAUCUAUCUUAUAACUGGAUAAUGCUUUGCUGGAUUCAAAAUAUUACUCUAUUGUGUUAUUUAUGGUGGACCCUAUACUAUCUUUGCUGUGUUGUUCAUGGAGAUUUGUGUACUUGGGGAUAUUUGGGAUUUGACUGAUUAAUCAAGGUUACUGUUUAAGUUGGAUUUUUAUAUAUUGUUUACAAGAUAGGACGAGUUUUUAUUUAAAUAGACAUGCAUUUAUUACACAAGAUUAAAU